AUGUCCAAUUUCGAGCCCAAUGCUGUCAUCCGCGGCUUCCAGCUUGUGCUGGUAGGAACCGUGCGGGCUUUGACGAACCCCGAGCUCUUCAAGUAUGAGCAUUUUCGUCAGGCUGCUCUUGCCAUUGCGGUCGGGAUCAUCAUCCAACUCAUCGUUCAGAUCCCGGUCAUCACUGUCAAAUUUUCAGUCUAUCUCGUAUCCUUCAUGGUGAACUUGGACCACGCGAUAUGGGACAACAAACUUCUCAAUGGCCUGGAAUUCAUUUCCAAGUCUGUCCUGCAGGUGCCAUUUCUUCUGAUGACUCUGAUGGGAUACAUGACCCCUACCCUUGAUGAAAUCUUCAUGCAAUCAAUCCAAUGGGUUGACAGCACCUAUGUGCUUAAGCACAAGGCCGAGGACCCCGACACCCUGCGUGCUAUGUACUAUCCUAACCUUGUUAUGUACCCUACGAAGGGUGGCUCUCGUGCAUCGGGCCCCAAGUUCGAGGCGCUGAUGGCUUUUGUCAACCGAUACACGAAGAGAAUGGCUAUUCUCAUUGGAGUUUACUUAUUGUCUUUGAGCCCUCUCAUCGGCCGUUAUGUCAUGCCAGCAGCCAGUUACUUCACUUUCCGCAAGCAUGUCGGAUCGGUCCCUGCCACAGUCAUCUUCUGCAUCGGCCUCUUCUUGCCCAAGGCAUUCUUGGUCAGCUUCUUGCAUACCUAUUUUGCAUCUCGCAGUCUGAUGCGUGAGCUCCUCGAACCCUACUUCCGUCGUAUCAAGUUCACCUCAGACCAAAAGCAACGUUGGUUUCGUGAUCGUGAAGGUGUCUUGUUCGGCUUUGCCUUCGGAUUCACCAUGAUCCUCAAGACCCCGUUCCUCGGCGUCCUUAUGUAUGGUGUUGCCGAAGCCUCCACGGCGUAUCUCGUCACCAAGAUUACCGACCCACCCCCAGCCCCUGCUGAAAGUGCCGGCUUCGCGGAAAGCCAAGUGACCUGGGCCAACAAGCAUGAUUUCUUGCAGUUGUCGCUCGACAAAAUUGACAAACUCAAUGUCGUUACGGAUGAGCAGACUACCAACACGAAGCCGAGUCCCCCGAGCAAGAAAUUCUCAUAG